AUGGGAAGAGAUAGCUUCAUCACGCACAGGGCUUUCUGUGAUGCUUUGGCUGAGGAAACAGCUAGAGUAAAUGCAGCUUCCAGCAUGCACAGCUUGGCCACCACCAAUUUCAGUUACCAACUUAUGGGGAAUCCAUUAGAUACUGGGAUGCCACAACAUUUUCCCUCUAUCUUCAAAACAAUUUCAAGCAAUGAUGAAACCAUAGAUCAAACUAGACGUGGUUUUUCCUUGUGGAUGGGCCAAGCACCUCAGGGCCAUGAUUCAAUUGGCAAAAGUCUCCAAGAGAUUCAACAAUUUGGUUCUUUGAAUUCGGGAUCCAUGUACAGCGAUCCCCUGGUUUCGACAUCGAAUCCUCCGGCAUCAGAUUAUCAGUUAAACUGGGUGUUUGGCAACAAGGUCUCAUCCGGUAAUGCUGAAGAUCAGCUAACCAGCACUUCACUUCCUUUGAACAAUAAUGUCAAGGAAAAUGGAACUCAACUUGUGAGCAUUCCUUCAUUAUUUAGCACCCAACACCAGUCUCAGCAAACCCCAUCUUUCAGUAUGUCUGCCACAGCUUUAUUACAAAAAGCUGCCCAAAUUGGUGCCACUUCAACUGACACUUCAUUCCUAGGAAGCUUCGGGACCAAGUGUAGCAACAGUCAAGUUCAAGAUGGGAGUAAAUACAGUGAUCUGUAUGUGUCAAACACACAAACGACUACCCUAGGAUGUGACAUGGAAAAUUCGGCAAACGAUAUUUCCACGUUGAAUCAAUUGCAAAUGUACCCAGCAAAACGCCGGUACUUGCAGAAUGAAGAAAGUGGGGGAGGACAAACAAGGGAUUUUUUGGGUGUGGGAGUACAGCAGGCCAUCUGUCACCCAUCUUCAAUCAAUGGAUGGAUAUGA